GAAACGGGGACAACGCAAGUGUUUUGAAAAUGAGCCUAGCGCACGCUGGCUAGUCUUGCUAGUUGCUUAUUUCAAACGGAGUGAUAGUAAUAAUAGUAAUAAUAAUUGUUAGAUAUUUAUGAGCGGUUCGGACAAGUGUUUCCGUCGGAAUGUACCGGAGAGGAGCGAGUAAAACGGACAAGCCGCGGAAGGAGGAGAGCGCGAGCAGCAAGUACGCCGAGCUGCUGGUGUUCGGCUACGCGUGCAAGCUCUUCCGGGACGAUGAGAGGGCCGUGCACCACGAGCAGGGCAAGCACCUCAUCCCCUGGAUGGGAGACAGCAAGCUCAUGAUCGAUAGAUACGAUGGCCGCGGUCAUUUACAUGAUCUUUCGGAGUAUGAUGCAGGCUCGUGGAACCAGAGCUACCAGCUUUCUGAAGAGGAAGCCAGGAUCGAAGCGCUGUGUGAUGAGGAAAGAUACCUUGCCUUGCACACUGACCUGCUUGAAGAGGAGGCCAGGCAAGAAGAGGAAUAUAAAAGGCUAAGUGAGGCUUUGGCUGAUGAAGGCUCCUACAACGCGGUGGCUUUCCGCUACAGUGCUGAUUAUUACGACCCCUCGCAGCCCACUGAGGAAGAGGAUGGCAGCAAAGACAACGAGCCCGAGCCUCAGGAAGAAGACGGUGAAGAGCCGUUCAGAGCGCCCCCUGGACUAAUCAUACCCUCAGAUGUAGAGCUGCCUGCGACCGUUAAGACCCAUGCCAUCAUCGAGCGCACCGCCAACUUCGUCUGCAAGCAAGGGGCCCAGUUCGAGAUCGUGCUGAAGGCGAAGCAAGCCGGGAACUCCCAGUUCGACUUCCUGCGUUUCGACCAUUACCUGAACCCUUACUACAAGCACAUCCUUCGAGCCAUGAAGGAGGGACGAUACACGCCCGCAUCGGAGAGCAAGCAGGAUCAGACUCGGGACACCAAAAUGGGAAAUUCAAACGAGGAAGAGGACGAAGAUGACGACGACGACGAUGAUGGCAAUUACCUCCAUCCCAGUUUGUUUGCGCCGAGCAAGAGCUCACGUCUAGAGGAGAUAAUAAAGCCACUACAGGUCAUGGAUCCAGAUCAUCCAUUGGCUGCACUCGUUCGCAAAGCCCAGCAGGAGAAGAAUGGAAAUGUAGCCAUCACCGCCAAACCUGAGGAAGAGGUGGUGGCACAAGCACCGCCAGCAGAGUACACCACUGAUCCGAACAUGGCAGCAGUGUAUUAUGGGUAUUGCAUGCUGCCUGAUGGGACGUACUGCCUGGCGCCACCGCCACCUGGCAUUGAUGCCAACGCCUAUUACAGCUCGAUGCCUGCUGGCAUGAUGCCUGCUCACUCAGCAUCCCCGGCUCCUCCACCGCCAGGCACUACACCUCCUCCCGACUCUGCCGUUACAGUCCCAUCAGCCCCAACAGCUGCUGCCGCUCCACCCGCUGCGCCCGCUCCACUGUCUCAUGCUACACCUUCUGGCUUCUACAGCACUAGCUCCUCCACUCCCCAGACCAGUGUUAGCCAGCCUUCUUCUUCUUCCUCCUCCUCCACCUCCUCGUCUUCAGCUGCGGCAAUCGUCCCUCCGCCACCAGACAUCCAGCCUGUCAUCGAUAAGCUGGCCGAAUACGUAGCCAGAAACGGCGAGAAGUUUGAGAGCAGCGUGCGUGCUAAAAACGACCCGCGGUUUGACUUCCUGCAGUCUUGGCACCAGUACAACACUUACUAUGAAUUCAAGAAGCACUACUUCAUGCAGAAAGAAGCCUCCAACCUGCCUCAGGGCUCUGCAGUCCACAAGGGUGACAGCACUGCAAACUGUCCCUCUGACAAACAGUCUAAUGAGGGCAAACUCAUUAAAGCAUCCUUCGCCCCCAUUUGCUUCGCGAUAAAAUCCAAAGAGAACGACAUGCUGCCUUUGGAGAAGAACCGUGUGCGUCUGGAUGACGAUUCUGACGAGGACAAGGGGAAAGGGGAUGAGCGGGAAGGGGCGGAGCCUAGCGCGACCGGGGUGGAGCAACAAAGUGAGGCCCCUCCUUCUCAGCCUGAGGAGAAGAAGCCCACUCUUUCACAGGAAGAGCUGGAAGCCAAGCAAGCCAAGCAGAAGCUGGAGGAUCGUUUGGCAGCUGCGGCACGCGAAAAGCUGGCCCAGGCCUCCAAAGAGUGGAAGGAGAAGCAGCUCCAGGCUGAGCGCAAGCGGAAGGCGGCGUUAUUCCUGCAGACCCUGCGCAGCCCAGACGUCGAGCUCAAACGGCCGGAUGAAUCCUUCGCUUCUGUCGAGCCAGAGGUGUCCAGUGUGCCAGAUGCGCCCGAAAUCCAGAUGCCGCUUUCUGAAUACCCGCCGCCGCCGGAGCCCUCGGUGAGGAGCACCGAUCCCCCUGCCACCACUCUGCCUCUUUCUUCUACAUCCGCCUCCUCCUCUGCACGAGAACGGGACAGGAAUAGAGACAAGAAAAAGAAAAAACACAAAAGAAGGUCUCGUUCCAGGUCGCGUUCCAGAUCCAAAACCAAGCACUCACUACCGAGCUCGUACCGCAGCUACAAAAGGGCCAGAUCCCAAUCACGUUCUCCCAGCAAGAGAGAGCGUCAUCGUGGUGAAAGAGAAAGGGAGCGCUACAGAGGCAGCAACCAUCGCCUUGGCAACAGCCCAGGCCUGGGCAGGAAGAGGUCAAGGUCCAGAUCCAGAUCGCCUCGUGAGAGGAGAAAGAAGUCAUCGAAAUCAGUGCAUCGUUCGAAGGCUUCCUCCAAUUCACCCGCAACCUCACCAGACAGAGGGAGAGCGAAGAGGAAGGUCUCCACCCACACUGCUAGCUCCUCCCCUACAUCUAGCCCCACCUCUAGCUUAAGGAGCUCCAGGGACGCGUCACAGGAAAAAGACAAGCAUGUCUCAUCGGCGAUUAUUUCUUCAGUUCAAAACAAAAUCACUCAGGACCUCAUGGCUAAAGUACGAGCAAUGCUGGCCAAAGGCCUGCAGCCCAACCCGUCCUGAAAGAUGAGAAAAGGGGAAGACAGAAGACUGAGCCAGCCACGAGCGUCACCUUCAUCAGCACCAUUCAGGACUGCAAUGCAGGGCUCUACUGAUGCGCUUUUAUCCCUUUAUGCAUACUCUUAUGGAUCUUAUGUCACCGGGCAUCGUUGGUGAUUCCCUUUAAUGUAAAAGGUUUGUGAUGAGCCAGGCUGCAUGCAGGGUUUAUUGAUUUUGCGUACUUGCGGUAUUCCCAUGUUUUUUUUUUUUCUUUCUUUUUUUUUUCCCCCACGGGAGGUGCUAUUGUAAAAUUAAUAAAUAAAUAAAAAAUCUGAAAAUUGAAAUGCUUUAUUUUACGAGAACAAAUUAGAACGUUUGACUAAAUUGAUAACAGAGCCCCAUCUUGUGUGAUUAGGCUUCAACCAGCGGGGAAGUGUUUAAUCCUUCUGUGAAGGAUUAGGAUCAUUUCUCUUCUUCUGUCUCAGUUCUUUUUUCCCAGCCAGGUUCGUUUUUCUAAAGCCUUUUGCUGCUCGAGAUUGUGGCGUUUACUUUUAUCUAAUGUGGCCUUCAUGCUGUAAGUUUGUACAGGCCUUUCUUUGCAUCUGCUUUGUAAAACUGAACAGUCAAUAAAAUUCGAGCCAUGAACUUGU